UUGUCCGUAGGCGGUAGCCGAACAGGUGUUCCCAACGAACAGCCUCUCGCCGCCUCGGCCUGGCCCAGCCGCGGUCCCUUUUCCGUUCCACCGGCGAGCAGCGAGCAGCACAAAAGUUCCCCGUGGCACUUCGAAAGUUCCGGCUCCCCACCGGUGGAUGGCUUCGAACGUUCUUCGCUAUCACACAACAUCGCGAAUGAUUGUGCUGCUGAACUGAUAACGGAGCUGAUGAGUGAUGAAUGAUAUCAGGAUUUAACAAGUUCAAAAGCACUCUUUUCUACAAAAUAAAAAGUUGGGUGCACAGAGAAUUGCCAAUGUAUAAAUUCAUGCCAGUUCAGGGUGUGGAAGGUGGGAUCAAAGGAAAGAGUAGCACAUAAAACUUUCAGGGUGUGGGAUGUCUCUGUCUAUUCCUUAACGCUUCAGGAAAGGUUAGUGGCAGGUUAAUUAUGCCAGCAAGCGUGCCUGACUCCAUGAUGUUGGAUAAUCUAUCGCCAUCAUGGUAAAGUGCAUAAUUCCUGCCGGUGGCUUUUGUCGCCAUUUGCUCUCUACAUCUUUUGAUACCCUUGCACAAUGUACUGGGGGAUGUUUAGGUUUCACUUGCUUCACUCCGUCAGUUAUUAAGGUUUGGGUUAGGAGAUGCAUGGGUUCCAGCCAGUCUGGUCCCUUGGAGCCUUCAAAUGAACAAGGUCAGGUUGCUGAAAUUCGGCCUCAGUCCUUGGAGGUUUUUGGAGCAGUUAGAGGAUUACAUACCCACCAUCUGCAACAUUCUGAUGCAUCUCUUGGGGAUUCCUCUGCUGUCACCAAGUCUCCAAUUUCUUGGGCAGGUUCAACUUAUUCAAUGCUAUUGAACAACCUUGAAACUGCUCUGAAGGACCAUAGGAUAAUCGACGCAUGGGAAUCAUUUACCGACUUCAAAAGAUUAUAUGGUUAUCCAACUAAAUGUUUGCUGCAAAAAUUGUUAGCUGAGCUGUCAUAUUCAUCGGAACCUGCCUGGCUUCGUAAAGCGUAUGAUUUAGUGCUAGUAAUCAAGGAGGAGAAACCAGAAAUGCUCUGUUAUGACUCACUGAUUAUGUUGUCUCUCACCCUUUCAAGAGCAGAAAUGCCUAUUCCUGCGUCUUCCAUCUUGAGACUUUUGCUGGAGAAAGGUGCUUUUCCACCAGUCGGCAUAUGGACUGCAGUUUUCUUGCACUUGGUAAAAUCAAAGAUUGGAACUUAUCUUGCAUCAGAGUUGUUGGUUGAGAUCAGUGAAUGCUUCUUGAAACACAAAAGGAACUUAAACAAAGGCCAAAGUUCAUUUCUUAAGUCAGUGACUCCUAACACUGGAGUCUUUAACCUUGUAUUGAAUGCAUGCUUAAAAGCUGGAUCUGUACUAAAGGCCCAAGAAAUAAUUGAACUAAUGGCACAAACAGGAGUUGGGGCGGACUUGACCUCAAUUGCUAUCAUGAGCUUAGUUCAUGAGAGAAAUGGUCAGAGAGAUGAACUGAAGAAACUUGAAGCACAUGUUAGUGAGGUUUCUGCAUACUCACUUCAUCAUUACCAGUUAUUGUAUAACAGCUUUCUGAGUUUGCACUUCAAGUUCAGGGAUAUUGAUGCCUCUUUAGCGUUGGUAGUUAACCUCUACAAGCGGCAACAAGGAUGUGCUUUCUCUAAUGAGAAAAAAGGGGAAGUGAAAGAAAAGUUUAACAGCAGCGUUGUCAAUAUUGGAUCACGAAGAUUGCGAACAAGUUUAGCCCUAAAGAUUGAACCAAGGCUUUUGCAGAACAAUUUUGUAAUCGAAAUUGAAGGACAUCCGGACCUUGUAAUCUUGAACAAAGGAAAGCUUGUACCAAGUCAUAAAGCUCUUGCAAAGUUAAUCAUUGGCUGCACGAGGGUUCGUAAGACUGAGAAACUAGCCAAACUUUUUUCCUCGAUACAGAAGGAGAUGGAUGAGGCAGAAGUAGGCAGGAUGGUGACUGAAGCUAUAUGGGCCUGUGUUCACUUGGGUUGGUUGGAGACUGCACAUGACAUCAUUGAAGAUCUAAUUGCCGAAGGAGUUCACAUUAAGGAAGAUUCAUACUCAUCUCUUCUCGUAGCUUAUUGCAAAAAAAAUCAGUUCAAGGAGGCCGUUGUACUAAUUACACAAAUGAGAAAGGUUGGCCUGCUAAGAGGAAUGUCGAAUGAACAAAUUUUAUCAGAUGCUUGUGGAACAGCUACAAGGGCCUUUGGCUGGGCUGAAAAGUCUGAGUUAGCAGAACAUUUGGCACAUGAAUUUGGAAAUGAAGAUUCAACACACUUGUUGGUUCUUGAAAUAAAUGCUGCCAUCUGCUUUUUCUGUACGGCUAAAAUGAUUGAGGACGCCCAAAAAUCAUUUAGGAAGAUGAAGAGUAUGAGUCUGCAACCGACAGUUCAAACUUUUGGCUAUCUUGUGAAUACUUAUUUUUCUCUAGGUAUGUACAGAGAGGUCACCAUGAUAUGGGGGGAGAUCAAGGAGUGCAUGGUUAGUGGAGUUUUGAAAAGAAACAGAGACUUGCUUGACAGUUUACUAUUGAAUUUUCUCAGGGGUGGUUAUUUUGAGAGAGCCAUGGAAAUUAUUGGCUUGAUGAGUGAGCAUGGUAUGUUCAUUGAUAAACUCAAGUACAGGAGAGAGUUUCUCAAACUUCAUUUAACUCUUUACAGAGGCUUGAAAAUUUCAGAUGCCAAGAACGAGGUGCAGCGUAAAAGGCUGGAGCACGUUCGUGCAUUCCGUAGGUGGGCUGAAAUCAAAUGAAUUUCGCGGAAUUACUGCAUCCUUUGCUGUAAAGAGUGGAUCAUGGAAUCAGGAGAAGGUUCAUUAAGACGGUUCUUACAUCAUCAAGUUCCUACCUGGAUAUGGUCGAUAGGGCCCUUUCAGGACUCAUUUGUCUGUAUCAAAACUGCAGGAACUAUGUGAACCCAACCCACGAUACAACAAGGCGUUUGGUUAUUCACAAAUGAGCCUGAACUUGAAGAACCAUGCCCUCUCUGCAACUGGACCUCAAGGCCUGAGCUGGUGAUUGCCCAAACCCAGCCCGUUAGUCAUCAUAUUUCUGUGGCAUUUACCAUCAAAAGAAGAGUAUGAUUCAUCCGAGUCGUUCUACAGAAUUUGGAAUCCAGUGAAUGGGGUCCGGACAUUUGAUGAAAGACAUCAAAAGAUCCCGUUGCCCCAUGCUUAUGCUCUACAGGCAGAAUUUAAUAAGGGGUUUUUACCAUCUGGAUGCUACUUGAAGACAGGUGGUUAAAUGAUCUAUUUAUUUGAAUGGUCAUCGUGUUUUUAUGUACAGAACAAGCUUCUGCUCCAAUGUGUUUAAACAAACCAAGAUAGAGUUAUCCGUGUUUAGCAAUAUUCAUGCAUGAAAGAUUUGUUCGUCUUCUAUACAACAAUGGCAAUCCAAAAGCUAAAUUGAGAUUA